CGGGUCUCCGCAGCGCCCCCCGUGAGGUCCAGGGACCCUGGCUCAGACGCUGGGCGCGCGGGGAGGGAGCAUGGAGGGCUUCGGCCGCUUCUCCCCGUGGCCUCACUCGGACCUCUGGGAGGCCCCGCCGCCCCGCAAGGAGCGCGCAUCCUCGGCGCGGCUGGGCGGGUCAGGGCCGCAGAGCGAGCAGGGCCUGUGCUCCCGGCCCGGGACUCCCCGCGAGCGGAGCGAGGCCUCGGCGCCCUGGCCGCACCUGCGCUGCUCGCCCACCCCGCGGCCCCGCCGGCGCCGGUACCCGGACUUUCCGCCUGAAAGCCGUAGCCUGACCGACGUGGCCCGGAGGCCCCCGGACCACGCCAGGAAGCACCGGCCCCGCAGCCGGCGCCUGGAAGACGCCUGGGGGGAGGCGGGUACCAAGCCCCUGGAGCAGGGAGGCAGGCCGCCUAGCCCGGCCUGGCAGCAGCAGCCCCAGCUGCCACCGCAACAGCCUCAGCCCUGCCAGCACUACCCUCCGGCCCGGGGAGAUUCGCCCCCACCUUACCCGCAGGGAGCUUACACUCCCCCGAGUGGAACUUUCGGGGUAGAAAAGGUGCAGAGCGGAGACCAGUGGGCAGUGCCAGCCUGCAGAGGUCUCGGUCGCUGGUCCCUUUCCUCGGUUCACACGAAGAGGUGUUCUGUGCCCUCCAGAGAGUUCGGGACGCAGUCAGGUUGCGUGUACCUCCAGAAAAGAUACCGUAAUGAUCCGGUGGAGUCCUUAGCCAGCCAGUACUCCCAGCCCUCGCUCUCCAGCAAGGCGAUGCAGAACCAGCACACCCAGAUCCUCAAGAACAAGCUGGAAGAGGCAGUAAUGUCCUCCAGGGACCGGAAGAUUGUGGCCCUGGUGCUGACCUGGCUCAAGAAGGCCCAGAGGAUGCGGGAGCUGCAGCAGCAGGCGGCCCUAGCCUGGGAGGAGCUGAAGCGCUCGGACCAGAAGGUCCAGUUGACCCUAGAGACAGAGCGCAAGCUGCUGCUGCAGCAGAGCCAGGAGCAGUGGCAGCAGGAGAAGGAGCAGCGUGUCCGACGGCGGGACCGGCAAGCGACGAACACGAUCCGGCAGGAGCGCAGGUGGAAGGCGCAGCUAGAGGACCAAGAGAACCAGCGCCAGGAGAAGCUGGAGGGGGCCCCCUCUGAGACCGAGGCCAAGCGCGGGAAGCAGUACCAGGUGCAGCGCCUGCAGGAGCACGAGAGGAUGAUGCAGGACCUGCGGGAGCAGAACAGCCUGCAGCUGCAGAAGAGGCUGAAGCAGGCCUGUCUAAAGAGGCAUGUGCACACCACCGAGGGCCAGAAGAAGAUCCAGGAGACCCGUCUUAGCUCCCUAGUCAAUUACCAGGCCCGGAAGGUCCUCAUGGACUGCCAGGCCAAGGCUGAGGAGCUCCUUAGGAAGCUGUCCCUGGAACAGAGGUCCCAGUGGUCCCAAGAGAUCCCCCAGGGCCUGAUUAAGGAGCAUCACCGGGAGCCGAAGGAGAAGGUCAAGAAGGAGGAGGAGCAGUGCCAGCAGGUCAAGGGCGCGGAAGAGUCCGGGGAGCAGAGGAAGGGGCACGAGCGGCUGCCCGUGGAGCUUGCGGACCAGAAGAUCCUGCAGACCAGGAGUAACGUCCACAGGAAUAUCAGCGACAAGGUGCAGCAGAUUCGGGAGCUCAACAUCCUGCGGGAGAAGAAUCAUCACAUCCUGAAGCUGAAAGCCGAGAAGGAGGAAAAGUGCCACAUCGAGCGCAUUAAGGAAGCCAUUAGGAAAAAGGAGCGGAAGAUGGAGCAGAUCUCGCGAGAGAAAGAUGCACCCUUCGGUGAAUUCCAAAAGAUCUCCAGGGCGUCCAGGGCAGACAACGUGAGAAAGUUUGCCAACAACUUCUUUGAUCCGAUAGGGCGGGAGGCCCAGGUUCGAGCUGGGCAGCAGAGAGGAGGCCACUGAGAACCUGACGACAAAUAGCUUACAGCCCAGGCGGCUAGAAAGAGAUGUGGCAAUGUGAUUCGUUUUAUAAUCUGAUUAUAAUUGAGCAUUCAUUUUUUAAAAGUGUAUAAAAUAGCUGCAAUUUCGUCUGAUGAACUAGUUUAUUAAUUCAUUUGGAUGGUUGAGAGGGUUGGGGUAGAAAUUUGGAAAUUUUAAGAAAAUUACUUGCCUUUGUACAUUUGGAUUUAAGUAGAAAAUAUUCAUUUAGUUCUCAAGUAAUCUUAGAAGCAUAUGUCAGACACAUCUUUGAGGAACCAAAGAAAAAUCUACAGUGGGGAAUACAGUUCUGUGUCAUGAGAACAGUGUGAGAGAAUGCCAGAUAAAACAGCAGAUCCAGUCCUGCAAUACUCAAAAUGUCCAGGUUUCAAUUCAAAAUCACACUUCGUGUCAAGAACCAAGAAUAUCUCGAACUGAAUGAAAAAGACAAUAGGUGUCAAUGUGAGGAUGACAAAUGUUAGAAAUAUCUAAAGAUCUUAAAGAAGCCAUGAUACAAAUGCUUCAACAAGCAAUUAUGAACACACUUGAAACAAGCAAAAUAUAAAAUUGUCUUGGCAAAUAGAAAGCCUCAAAAAAAAAAUACAAGAUAUAAAGAAGAACCAAAUGUAAAUUUUAGAACUGGAAAACACAUUAACAAAAAUAAAAAGCUCAGUGGAUGAGCUAAACAGCAGAAUGGAGGGGACAGAAGAAUCAGUGAACUGUAAGACAGAACAAUAAAAAUUACCAACUCUGAGAAAUAGAAAAUUACCACAAAAAAAAAAAAAAAAAUAGCAGAGCCUCAUGGACCUGUGGGACUAUAACAGAAGUUCUAACAGUCAUAGCAUGUCCCCAGAGGAGAGAAGUAAGAAGGUAGGGCUGAAAAAGUGCUCAAGGUAAUAAUGGCUGAAAACUUUUCAAAUUUGGUAAAGAGCUAACCCUACAUAGUCAAGAAGUUGAGUGAACCCCCCCAAAAGAGUAAACCCAUAGAAAUCCAUAAGACAUAUCAUAGUCAAACUUCUAAAACUGAAGAAAAGAAAAAAAUUCUUGAUCAGAGAAUGAGAAAAUAAGCCACAGACUGGGAGAAAACAUUUGCAAAAGAGUGGCUAUAUUAAUAUGAGACAAAGUGCACUUCAGAGCAAAAAUUACCAUAGACAGGACCAUCAUAAACUUACAAGAGAGUCAAUCCACUGAGAAGACAUAGUUCUAAACAUCUAUGUAUAAACAACAGAAUUACAAAAUAUAUGAAGCAAAAACCAAUAGAACUAGAAAAAG